GUCUACUGACCCAACGUGCUCUUACAUGAGGCGAGUUCGCAUCGCGUUGAAGCCGUUAGAAUGUGAGAAAAAACGUUUGGAUGAAACGGUAUAACGCCAUUUCGUCAAGAAGAAAACAGAGGCUUUUGCACUGGGCCUGGACCAAGGACGCAAUCAUUGCUGCUAAACAGCGAAUAGUUUUGUUUAAAAAAACUGCGAGGAUAUGACAAAAUCGUUGGUAUAUUUGAGGCGACAUAAACUAAAACUAUUGAUGUUAUUGCUAUUAUGCUCGAUUGUUUGCCAUCUUCUAAUUUUGGGAUUCAGCAGUGCCAACAACUCAAACUCUGUGCUUUUACAAACGUUCAGUCUCACCAGACUGGACAAACGCAAAGGAACUUCAGAUAGUGUGGCUUCUGAUUAUGUGAAUGAUCUUCGCAGUAGUGUGGCUUCUGAUUAUGUGAAUGGUCUUCGUAGUUGGGUGGCUUCUUUAAAAGCCUUGUUAUACACUGGAGAAUGGCAAAAUUCAUUUUCUUUCAUCUACUCGAACGGUGGAUCAAGCCCAGCAGGCGUGACGGAUGAAAAUAAUCGCUACGUGAUGGUUCUACCUUUUUCAAAAACAGAGGAGAAGGCUUUUAACGAUUUGGCCGAAGACGAUAAACUCUCCCUUUUGAAGCUGUAUGAAUUUCUCGAUGUGAUGGUCGAUUUCGACGGCGCAACAUGUUUACAGCCGUCAACUGAACACAAACGAGCGGAUCACGAGUUGCACCAGGAAAAACUAUAUAAUCAAAUGAAGGAUUCGCUGGAAUCGUCCUGGUGUCGAUUUAUUACAAAGAAAUGGAGCCUUCAUAUAAAGAAUACAGGCCCGGUGCUAAAUACACGUCUCGAAAGAAAAACGUCAACAAAUGGAUCCUCUUCAAACAAAUUUUCGUUUCCGGACUUAGCGAACGGCAUACUGAUUGUGUACCAAGUUUGUAACGUUGCACAAGGUCCUUUCGUGAUGAGAGGUGACGUGUUUCAUCGCUAUGGAGGAUUGCUUAACGGAUUUGGUAGAAUGGCUUUGUUAGAAUUUUUUGUUCGAUCUAAAGGCGAGCUAAAGAUAGCGAAACUUUCAAAUUGCAGUUGGACACAUGAGAUAGCGCGCGUGGAUCGUGGAACAUUAGAGGGUUCAAACGAUGUCCCGGAGUACGCCGCUUUUGGAAAUAAAUUCAAUAUUCUUCGCAUCGUCACAAACAAUCGAAUUGAAUGGACAACGUGUGUGUCAAACUGGAAAUUAUGCCCGGAGAAACCCUAUGUAAAGCCAACAGAGCUGUCCAGCGUGGCAGCACCGAUUUGUUGCGGGAUCGUCUUAUUUCAAAUGCUGAAAGAUAUAACAUGGGCACUGACCCAACUUGGUGUAGAUUAUCGGGUUAUUUAUGGUACUCUGUUAGGUGCAGUUAGAAGUCAGACUGUUAUACCUUGGACGUGUGAUGUUGAUAUCGCGCUUACGAAGGUUGACUACGGUAAUUCUUCGACCUAUUCAUCUAUUGCAGAACUUUUAAGGACAAAGGGCAGCCAUUAUUAUUUAGGGAUAUCUUAUAUGGGUAUACCAAGAGCCCAUAUGCUGAUGGCACCUUAUAUAGAGGUUGACACAGCUUCCCUUUUUGAUGGCCCUGAUGAUUUAGAAGGUAGUAAUUUAUUGUUUAGCAGCGAUAUUGAGCAAGCCGUACAGGGUAUGCUGCCUGUUUCAUCAGGCUGGAGAGAACGUCGUUACGUCGACUUUUAUAUUUCCCCUUCCGUUUGGUUGAACGGAUCCGCUUUUGCUACCAUUAACAAUGAACAAUUUGUUACUCUGAAGGACAUUGACUAUGAGUUAACUAAUUGGUAUGGCAAAGGUUAUCUUCAACCAGCUCAUGGAGGAGAAUGGUUUGGUUGCUCAGACUAACAAACUUUCUGACCGCAAGUGUUGCAAAGUUUUGCUCCCUCCUAAUUUAGACAAAUGCCAUUUCUCACUUUUUCAUUUGUCACAGCUCACAAGAGUGUCAAUUUUUCCCCCUAGAUAUGAUAGCCUGUACAUUAAGCAGCCGAAUAAAACGGGUGCGCAGUAAAACAGACCCACACUCGCUCGUGGGAAGUUCGCUUUCUCCGACGCGCGUGUUAACGCAUAUCGUCUCUUAUGUAGAUUAAUUUAUCUGCCUUGCAAUCUGCCACGUUUCAGGUUCGCUGCAGGUUUUGUCUUUGGUAACAAUCUCUGGCAGGCAGGUGCCCUUUCUAGCAAUACGAAUUUUUCUUUGAUUGUGGCAAUUUUCUGUUUCGUCUCCUCUUAGUUGGGUAUUUCUUGCUCACGAUUUCGUUAUGAGUUUCGUUUUGCAUGACUGUUUAUAGGAACAAUAUAAUUUGUACAUGAAUAUGGAAGCGAUCUUCGCAGUUAUUAACACUACUUGUAGUGAAAUAAGGCUCGAAAAAAAAUUCAGGCCAGUACGGGAUUUGAACCGUUAAUAAAAUUCGGUUUUAUCAACGAAGUCGAUAUAUGUGAAUUGACCAACGAAAAGAGUUUCUAAAGUUGACGUUUCAAAUAUUAAGUCCGUUACUGAGCGCUUCGCAAAUGACUAAGGGAUAACGCUCGAAACUUCAGCUUUAGAUACCUUUUUACGGUGGCCAAUUUUUCUUAUUAACGCAGUUGAUAAAACCAAACCGUUUUGUUUCAACCGCCAGCUUCACCGAUUAAAUAUUUUAUUCAUUACGUUUAUAGGAACAUUUUAAAACAAAGCAUUUCUGAAUAUUUGUUCAAGUGUCGUCAGGUGUAGAAUCAGGGACUGCUAAACGAAACGCAAUGUAAAUUUAAAUAAAAUUGAAAGGCUUAAUUAGGAUUAAAUAUUUUAUUCAUUACGUUUAUAGGAACAUUUUAAAACAAAGCAUUUCUGAAUAUUUGUUCAAGUGUCGUCAGGUGUAGAAUCAGGGACUGCUAAA